UUGGGGCGUUGGCAGUUCGGCCUGCCAAACGGAAGGCGCGUGGGACAAAGCCGGGAAAGGCCCGAGUAUCUGGGACACUUUUGGGCACCAGGCAGGAAAGGUGUACAUGAACCACACAGCAGAUUCGGCAUGUGAAAGCUACUAUAAGGUUAAGGAUGACAUUCAGCUACUGAAAGAACUGAAGGUCAGCCACUAUUUGUUUUCUAUCUCCUGGCCCCGUCUUCUGCCCACGGGCAUUAAAUCAGAAAAAGUGAACCAGGAAGGUAUACGAUUCUACAAUGAUACAAUCAACGCUUUAUUGGAAAGCAAGAUAAUUCCCAUUGUAACCCUCUACUACUGGGAUCUGCCACAGGUGCUUCAAGAAAAAUAUGGCGGAUGGCAGAACAUAAGCAUGACACGCUAUUUUAAGGAUUAUGCAGAUUUAUGUUUUGAGAACUUUGGGGAUCGAGUGAAACACUGGAUUACUUUUAACAACCCUUGGGCAAUUGCAGAAGAAGGGUAUGAAACAGGACAACAUGCACCAGGCCUGAAGCUGGGCUCAGGUGGAGCUUAUAAAGCAGCGCAUCACAUAAUCAAGGCUCACGCGGAGGUGUGGCAUUCUUAUCACAAGAAAUGGCGCCGUGGACAGAAAGGCCUGGUGGGGAUCUCUUUAAGCAGCGCCUGGGGGGAACCUAUUGAUCUUGGCGACAGGAUGGAUGUUGAAGUAGCUGAGAGAUACAUGCAGUUUUCCCUGGGAUGGUUUGCAAAUCCGCUGUUCCAUGGAGACUAUCCUGGAGUCAUGAAGGAUUAUGUUGGUAAAAAAAGCGCCGAACAAGGAAUACCGUCAAGACUCCCAGCAUUUUCAGCCCAAGAGAAAAACUACAUUAAAGGCACGGCGGACUUCUUGGGAGUCAGUCAUUUCACCACCUACUAUGUUUCCCAGAAGAGCCACCCCCCUCCGGGGCUGAGUUAUUUCACCGAUCGCGACUUGCUGGAAUUGGUGGACCCCCGAUGGCCUGACUCAGGGUCCAAGUGGCUGCAUUCUGUGCCCUGGGGCUUCCGGAGGUUGCUCAAUUUCAUCAAGGUACAAUACGGUAACCCACCAAUUUAUGUGACAGAGAAUGGCAUUUCAGAAAAGCAGCCAUGCGCUCAGCUAUGCGAUGACUGGAGGAUAGACUAUUUUAAGGGGUACAUUAAUGAGAUGUUAAAAGCUAUAAAGGACGGAGUUAGCAUCCAGGGCUAUACGGCGUGGUCUCUGCUGGAUAAGUUUGAAUGGAAUCGAGGUUACUCUGAGAGAUUUGGACUAUACUAUGUUGAUUUUCAAAAUCCAAACAAACCCCGAUAUCCAAAAGCAUCUGUUCACUAUUAUAAGAAAAUCAUCAAAGCAAAUGGAUUUCCUAACGCAAAGGAGGUGGCAAGCUGGCACCACCAGGCCACGGAUAUCUGUUCUUCUAGCAGCCGGCUUCUUGUGACAGAAGAACAGCGGAAUACUGCUGCUAAAAUGCUCAGGCUAAUUCAUGAGCCGUUGGCCACUCACAUGGAAAUGGUGACUGAGAUAGUCGUGCCGACAGUUUUCACCCUCUGUAUUCUGAUCAGUGCCAUCCUCCUGCUCCUUUUGCUCAGGAACCACCACUAG